UUUUUCUCUUUCUCUUUAUCUUUCGUAAACUUGAAUCAACUGUUGAAUCUACAGGACAUUUAGUUUAUUGUUACAAUCAAAGGAUAGCAGCAACAAACUAGAAUAAUUUAAACAACAGUAACAAGUUAUUCGUUCAACAACUCUUAACCUUUUUAGUUUACAACUCGACACUACACAACAUAUAUAAUAACAAUGGCAUUUGAAGGUGGACGUGGAGGUGGCCGUGGUGCUGCUAGAGGUGGUCGCGGUGGUUUCGGCGGCGGUGGCCGUGGUGGAGGCCGUGGUGGUUUCGGUGGUGGCCGUGGCGGCGGUCGUGGUGGUUUCGGCGGCGGUGGCCGUGGUGGCGGUCGUGGUGGUUUCGGCGGCGGUGGCCGCGGACGUGGUGGCGCCAGAGGUGGUCGUGGUGCUGCUCGUGGCGGUAGAGGAGGCGCCAGAGGAGGUGCCAAGGGAGGUGCUAAGGUCAUUAUCGAACCCCAUCGUCAUGCUGGUAUUUUUGUCGCUCGUGGUAAGGAAGAUUUGUUGGUCACUAAGAAUUUGGUUCCUGGUGAAGCCGUUUACGGUGAGAAACGUAUUUCUGUUGAUGGUCCCGAAGGUACCAAGAUUGAAUACCGUGUGUGGAAUCCUUUCCGUUCCAAGUUAGCUGCUGCUGUUCUGGGUGGUAUUGAUCAUGUUCAUAUCGCACCUGGAAAGAAGGUUCUCUAUUUGGGUGCUGCUUCUGGUACUUCCGUUUCUCACGUUGCUGAUGUUGUUGGCCCUGAAGGUGCUGUCUAUGCUGUCGAAUUCUCUCAUCGCCCUGGUCGUGAUUUGAUCAAUAUGGCUAAGAAGCGUACUAAUGUUGUGCCUAUUAUUGAAGAUGCUCGUCAUCCUCAGAAGUAUCGUAUGCUUGUUCCUAUGGUUGAUGUCAUCUUUGCUGAUGUUGCUCAACCUGAUCAGGCCCGUAUUAUUGCUUUGAAUGCUCACCAUUUCCUUAAGAAUGAAGGACACAUUGUCAUCUCCAUCAAGGCUUCUUGUAUCGAUUCUACAGUGGACGCUGCUACCGUCUUUGCCCGUGAAGUUAAGAAACUUCAGGAAGAAAGAAUUAAGCCUCAAGAACAAUUGACUCUUGAACCUUAUGAAAGAGAUCACGCUGUUGUCGUUGGUAAAUAUGUUCGUUUCAAGUAG